AUGCGUGAAGGGCCCCUUCCGGUCAGUGUCGCCCUCCCGCAUGCGCACGUGCGGGCAGGGGGUGGGUGGACGCGCGGAGGGCGCGGCUCCUCCCGCGGCGCGCACGUGCGUGAGGCGGCUCGCGUGGCGCCCCCCGGCGGCGGCGGCGCGAUGGAGCUGGAGGCGGCGCGGCGCGCGGUGCUGGCGGCCGUGCGGGGCACGCGCGCCGCCGACCUGCCGCGCCUGCUGCACUGGAUGCGCAACGCCCAUGACUUUGAUGAGCUUGUGGUGAGUAACAAUGAUGUUGUGCUCAGAAAUAUCGCUGAAGAUUUGCGGAAUCGUUUACCCAUCGAGGCAAUGUUUACUUCAGAACAUCAAGCUGUUCAGAAAAUACACCAGCAUCCACUGCCCAUGAUUCAUGUUGAUGCAUUCCUUUAUGAUGAUGAUGUUGUUGAUUCAUUGUGUGAGGAGGGGAAAAUGAGUAGGAGCUACUGCACACAGUGUGGCUCAUACAAAACUGCAUCUCUAGAGUUUAUUUCGCAUUCCUUUUCCCUCAUGGAACUGAAGUUUCUUUAUCAACAUGUACUGCCUGACCUGACAGGAAAGGUAGUGGUUGACGUUGGCUCCAGGCUUGGUGCAGUGCUAUUUGCGGGUUAUCUUUAUAGCUCAGCUUCCCAGCUGUAUGGAGUAGAAAUGAAUGCAGACUUUUGCCAGUUGCAAGAAAUGAUGAUUACAAAGUAUGAGUUCAUUGACAGAAUAAAGGUGGUUCAUGCAGACAUCUGUACUCAGCCUUCACUUCUGCAGAAGGCUGAUGUUGUUGUAAUGAAUAAUGUCUUUGAAUAUUUUCUUGACAGACAGGAACAAGCCAGAGCUUGGGAAUUUAUUGCCUGUAAUGUAAGGAAAAGAGGGUCCUUAUUAGUGACAGUUCCAAGUCUUGAGGAAUCACUUUCAAAGCUCCAGACAGAUGUACAGCUCAGUCAGUGGGUCGAAGAGGUGCAGCUAAACUAUGAUGUGUAUAUGGAAAAGGAUGUUGACAGAGAAGCACUCGAACAGAUACAUUUAUACAAGAUCCUCUAGUACCUGGAUAUUCUGGGCCUAAAAUGAAUUUGGAUUGAUUUGUGUGAAUAAAUCCAGUCAAAAUCCAUAUUGUGGUUAAUUUGAGUCAUAUAUGUGGUUUUUAAUGAAAAAGAGUCUUUUGAAACAUGUUUUCUUACAGAGUCAUUUUGUCUUAACAUGGUAUUUUGACUUUUAACUAGGAGAUAUCCUCAUGGUUUAUCUUUUCCAGAAAUGUUAAAAAGAGCAUCUGCAUAGUAAUGCUAAAAGAACUUUUGGUCAGUAGCAUUGUGCACUGCCAAUGUUUGCUAAAUAUAUCAAACCUAAGAAUAGGGAAUCCUUGUAAAUGUGAAUGAUAAGAAUGCAUUCAGCAUAAUGUUACAUGAAAGCUGUAGUGCUGUUUCAUUUUCGUAUAAACCACUUAUUAUUAUCAGUAAUAAUAUUUAUUAACAGUAUUAUCUUUGGUGUUCCUCCUAUGGAAUUUGUAGGUUUUCUUUCCAGAGUCUGCUUGAUAGCCAGAUUAUUUACUGGCAUAUGUUAUGAGGGAGGCAAGUUCAUCUAUUUAGUUAGUUGUCCUUAAGGUGGGUAUUAAUAUAAAAUACUGAAGGACACCAAGGAGUCAUGGAGAAUUAAUACAGCAAGUCCAGGAUGAUGGAACUCUUUUCCUGCACUUCUGCUGCAGAUGGUAGGAAGUAUAAUAAAGGGUUAAGAAGCUGAAAAUUCUGAACAGGUGUCACAGCUUAGAAGAGACUUGGUGGUGGCGUAAAACAGUGGAAAUUCGUAACAGAGCCUCCUCAGGGAGAAAAGAUCCACAUACGCCCACCACAUUUAUAUUUAGAUUUUAUAUUCUAAGGAUGCAAAGCUUUUAGUCAGCUGAAGAAUGUUUCAGGUUU